GCAGAGCGAGAAGGUGGAGCUAAGUGGGAGUAAGAGUAACUUGAGAAGGCCUCCAGCUAACUUGACUUCAAGUGAUGUCGGUCCUGUGGAUGGAUUAACCAGGUGCUGGCUGAUUCUGCCCUGUGCUGCAAGUAGCUUCCUACAUUCCAACAUUCACCCAAAACCUCCAUACCAGGCACAUGGAGCUGACAGAGACCAACCGUGAUCGCUCAGGAGUGCACAAUUUGGCCUUCCAGAAUGACAGUGAUGAUGGUGUGGAUGAUACAAAUCUGAGAGGCCUUGGAGACAAUUCGCAGAGAAUCAAGAAUUCACAAAAUAAGGAAACAGUGCAUAUUAAUCAGGGGGAUGAAUACAUCAAUAUUGAGAGUGAUCUGCAUGAAAACAAACGUGCCUCCGUAGAUGAUGAACAACCACGCUUGAAAGGGCAUUUAGAAAAAAGGUAUGAUGACGUCUGUGAAUUUUGCAAGAAACAUAAAACCAGAAUUCAUUAUGUGCUCUAUGGAAUUUUAAUAACAGCAUACUUGGCAUUAGUUAUUGCAGCUUGCACUUUGAAUUUUCAGAGAGCUUUGCCACUCUUUGUCGCCACUGUCCUAGCCAUCUUCUUCAUCUGCUGGGAUUUUUUUGUAGCUAAGUUUGAAGACAGAAUUGCUGCAUUCUUUUCCCCUGGAGACCAAUAUCUGAAAAAACAGUGGUUUUGGCUGAAAUGGGUGUUGUGUGCAACUCUUCUUAUAAUGAUCAUCUGCUGGCUCAUCUUUGACACAACAAAACGAGGAUCCCGUCAGCUAAUCUCUUUUGGUGGGCUUGUGAUGUAUGUUGUCCUGAUGCUUAUCUUUUCCAAAUAUCCAACCCAAGUUGCUUGGAGACCAGUAUUUUCAGGAAUAGGAAUGCAGUUUAUACUUGGGAUUCUUAUUCUAAGGACUAAAGUGGGUUUUGAUGUAUUUAACUGGCUAGGCAUUCAGAUCCAGACUUUUCUGGAGUACUCUGAUGCAGGUGCCAAGUUUGUGUUUGGUGACAAAUACACAGAUCAUUUCUUUGCUUUUAAGGUAUUGCCAAUUGUGGUUUUCUUCAGUACGGUUAUGUCUAUGCUUUACCACGUUGGAUUCAUGCAGUGGCUUGUUGGAAAGGUUGGUUGGAUAAUGCAUGUCUUCAUGGGAACAACUCCUGUUGAGUCUCUGGUAGCUGCAGGUAACAUAUUUGUGGGACAGACAGAGUCUCCACUCCUGAUACAGCCCUACUUACCAUACAUCACGAAAUCUGAACUCCAUGCAGUCAUGACAGCAGGAUUCUCAACUAUUGCUGGAAGUGUCUUAGGAGCAUAUAUUUCUUUUGGGGUUUCCUCCUCCCACCUACUGACUGCUUCCGUCAUGUCAGCGCCAGCAUCAUUAGCUGUCUCCAAAUUAUUCUGGCCUGAAACUGAAAAGCCUAUGGUAACUCUGAGGAGUGGCAUACAAAUGGCAAAAAGUGAAUCAAAGAAUCUGCUGGAAGCAGCCAGUCAGGGUGCCUCUACCUCCAUUGGGCUGGUGGCAAACAUCGCCGUGAAUGUGAUCUCCUUCCUUGCCCUGCUGAGCUUCCUUGACUCGGCCCUUUCAUGGGUGGGCAACUUGUUUGACUAUCCACAGCUGACCUUUGAGAACAUUUGUGCUUAUGUCUUCAUGCCAUUCUCUUUCAUGAUGGGAGUAGACUGGGAAGACAGUUUUAUUGUUGGUGGACUACUAGGUUACAAAACUUUCUUCAAUGAAUUUUUGGCUUAUGAGCGCCUUUCAAAACUGAUUCAAAACCGAGAAAAGGGUGGAAGCAUGUACAUUAAUGGUGUGAAACAGUAUAUGACAGUUCGCUCUGAAGUCAUAGCCACCUAUGCUCUCUGUGGAUUUGCCAACUUCGGCUCCCUGGGACUGGUAAUAGGAGGCCUGACAAGCAUUGCUCCCUCAAAAAAGAAGGAAAUCGCUGAUGGUGCCUUCAGAGCAAUGAUUGCAGGAACGGUGGCCUGUUUCAUGACGGCCUGUGUCGCAGGAAUGCUGACUGUCCCUAGUCUGCAAGAUCCUUGCCACAUCUUAUUAGGAAACGCUUCCAAAUUCACAGAUUUCCCUGCCAACAGCACAGAGCUAGUUGAAUGCUGCCAGCAACUCUUCACCAGUGCAAAUCAUUCGGAGGAGAUCUUUCCUGGAGGAAACUACAGUCUGAAUUCCUGGAAAGUGUGUUGCCAAAUACUGGGUGAACCUGCUUUUCAUUGCACUUAGGUUAAGUUUGAAUUUUUUUUGACAGGAUUGAUCAUAAAUAAGAACUGUGUUCCUUGGAAGAAAGGGAAUAAAAAUUUUGCUUUGCCACAA